AUGAAGAGGAAUUACUUUCAUGGAAAGUCUGCACCUUUACCGCCUGAUCCUGGCGUUUUUGCAAAAGGAGUCAACAAUUUAUUCUCGGAUUUGGAGGGAACGAGUCGAGGUCCUCGACAAGUUCUAUCAGUGCGUUGUGGCAUCUCGAAUGCCAGAAAGCUGGUUUUCGUUGGGCCCAAGAUUUUGAUUCAUGAACAAAAUAUCAAGUUAAUUGAGCAAGAAGAACGAUGGUACGAGGACAUGUCAGGUAAAUAUUUCCAUGGUACUAUUCACACAUAUUUACUUUCUCUAAUCGCCUGGUGGAUUGAAGUAUUUAUCUAUUUUUCUAUAUGAAUAUAUUAGCAAUUUAGCACUGAAAUUUCUGAUAAUAGUGUACACAUGUAUUUUGUACAGUUGCUUAACUUGUGCAGUUAAUCUGAUUUGGCACAUGAAAUGUUCGUCAUCUAAACCUGGCCUUGAAAUUUAA